AUCCUCAUCUCUCUCCCUCUCCCUCCCCACACCUGCCGCCAUGCUGCCGGCGCUGCUGCUCUCCCCGACGCUCCUUCUCCCCCUCCUCGCUGUCCUUGGCCUUGGCCCCGCCCCGGCGCGGGCGGGCGAUGUGCAGUUCGGCGGAGGGUGCAACCCGGACCACCAGAAGCUGCAGGAGGGCACGUUCCAGUUCCAGACGGACUGCGACGCCAUGACGUUCUGCUUCAGCGGCAACUCGACGUGCGCGCACCGCGGCUGCCGCCAGGACGAGUUUCCGUUCGGAUACUCGAAGACCGAGAAGCUGCCCGACCGCUGCCCGAAGGGCCAGUUCUGCCCGGACGAGCAGGACCUGUGCCAACCCCUCCUCGCCGUAGGCAGUGCGUGUCAGUUCAACCGUGAUGAUGAGUGCGAGGGGCCGCCGAACUUCAAGGAGCUCGAGGACACGACUGGGUUCGGACUGAACUCCAACGGAUCUGUUUGUCUAAACAACAUCUGCAUGUGGGCAAACGUCACCGUCGGCCUCCCUUGUAUCGUGCAAAACACCGCCUACACUGCGUACGGCCCUGACGGCGAGUUCAUCGACAUCGUAUCAAGGCAAGUGCUCUCCUCGGGCAACUGCAAAGUGGGGCUCUACUGCGACGCUCAGCAGCUGGUUUGCGUCCAGGGCAAGGCGGUGGGGGACACGUGCGAUGCCGACAAGGAGUGCUUGUCGUAUAAUUGCUUGGCAUCCGGUACCUGCGGCGAUAGGGCCGACACCCCGCGCGAGGUCGCCAAGUGGGUCUAUGUCGUGGUCGCUAUUUGCAUUUUCGGAGGUAUCAUCGGGACUCUCAUUGGGCUCUACUUCAUUCACCGGAAGGACCGUGACCAGGAGCGCGAGAAGCGUAUGCAGUACUGGCGCGAGCAGAACGCCUUCCGUCAAAACAUCAUGCAGAUGCAGGAGACAGCACGAAACUCGCUGAUGAACUUCGACACGCCAGGGACGAGCCCGCGGAGCACGAUGUACGGGCGCGACCAGCAGACGGAGGACUCGCAGGCGCCGAUGCUGCACCAGGCGAGCAAGUCGAGCGCGCUGCGGUACUACGUCUCCGACGACGGCUCGCAGAUCGACGACCGGUCAGACGAGGACCUGAUGAUGCGCCGCCGCGACCCGCAGCCGCACCAGGGCGACCGGUUCUGAUUAGGCUGGCCCCCCCGUCCGUGGUGAUCAUGCUCUCUUCUAGACACUCCUAUUUACGAAUGCAUAGCGGGCUGCAUCGGACUUCAUCAGCUACGGCUAGGCUCGGCCCUCGCUUCGUACGCACAUUCGCCCCUCUACGAAACGACGCGCUCGGACGCUUCGUGCACCGUGCAAUCCUCCCCGCCCUCCCACAACUGUAGCGUACGGUUCAGUAAUAUGACUGGUGCUACGCCCCCCCUGGGUUUUCAACCUCGCAGUCGUCCCCUCGUUUGUUGGCAGUGUAUAGCAAUAAUAUACCACAUGCUUGUAUAUACAUACGAUCCC